AACGUAUCAGUGUACCAGCCAUGCUCACGCAUCUCCCAACCCCGUUAAGAUGACCCAACUGAACUUUGAUUCUAACAAGUGGCUGCUGAGUAGUGCCCAUUUCUGUGAUUGUCAGCUUGAGGAACCAUAGUUCUCCGUCACAAGAUGGGUGGCAGAAACAGAGCAUAUCAACUUCUGAAGACUAUUUCUUCGGCAACAUGUCAGUGUCCAGCACAUUCCUCUGGAUGGUCCGAAAUGAAGCAUUCUUCAACAAAGGCUGCCAAGUCUACUGAUUAUGCAUUUGAGAUGGCCUGUUCAACUGUCCGCUAUGGGCCUGGGGUAACUAAAGAAAUAGGAAUGGAUCUUCAAUCAAUGGGUGCCAAGAAUGUUAUGGUUGUGACAGACAAAACUCUUUCACAACUGCCCCCUGUGAAGCUUGUUGCUGAAUCAUUAUCAGGGCACAACGUUAACUUUACUGUUUUUGAUAAUGUUCGUGUUGAGCCAACUGAUACAAGUUUCAAAGAAGCUAUUGACUUUGCUAAAAAUGGUAGGUUUGAUGCCUACAUUGCUGUUGGAGGAGGUUCUGUCAUUGACACUUGUAAGGCAGCAAAUUUGUAUGCUUCUGAUCCAGAGGCUGAUUUUUUGGAUUACGUCAAUGCCCCUAUUGGGAAAGGAAAGCCAGUGUUUGUCAAGCUUUCACCACUUAUUGCAGUACCCACUACAGCUGGCACAGGAAGUGAGACCACUGGUGUAGCCAUUUUUGAUUAUGAGCCUCUGAAGGCCAAAACUGGUAUUGCUAAUCGAGCACUGCGACCAACUCUGGGCAUCAUAGACCCAUUGCAUACACUGCUCAUGCCAGAGAAAGUAGCUGCUUAUAGUGGCUUUGAUGUCCUUUGUCAUGCUUUAGAAUCGUAUACAGCAAUUCCAUAUUACGAUAGAUCUCCAUGUCCUGAGAACCCAGCUGCACGUCCAGCAUAUCAAGGUUCAAAUCCCAUAUCUGAUGUAUGGUCCAUACAUGCCUUGGGAGUGUUGGCAAAGUAUUUUAAAAGAUCUGUGUACAAUCCUGAUGACUUAGAAGCCCGAUCUAAAAUGCAUCUUGCAAGUACAUUCGCUGGAGUUGGUUUUGGCAAUGCUGGAGUUCACUUGUGCCAUGGAAUGUCAUAUCCAAUUGCUGGAAAUGUGAAAAAUUUCCAUCCUGUAGAUUAUGAGGUUAAGCAUGCCAUUAUCCCUCAUGGAUUGUCAGUCGUCAUGACAGCGCCAGCUGUGUUCCAGUUUACCUCAGGGAUGAAUCCUGAAAGACACUUGGAAGCAGCAGAGAUCCUCGGCAAAGAUGUUACCAAUGUUAAAAGGGAAGAUGCUGCAUCGAGUGACUAAGCUCGCACCACGUGAACAGAGUGAGGAAGAUUUGGCAUUACUUUUUGAAAACUCUAUGAAGGUGUACUAGAAUAUUUUUUUGGUAUUUUUAUACUCAAGAAAUCUUCAGAGAUGUGGUUGGUAUGUGCAUAUAUAAUUUUCUUAUUGGAAUAUGAUAUACAGCGGCACCUCAACAUUGAACAGAUGGUUGGGUUCUUCCCCAUUUUGUAAGUAACUAAUCUUUUAAGUAACAAAGAUUGGCAUAGUAUACCUACACAACUUGCCUAGCUAAUAGUGUACGAAUAGCAAUUCCUUUGAAAGUAAAUAUUAGAUUAUCCUAAGUGGUACAUUGUCAUUAACAAUUAAUUUUUUUUUUCAAUUCCAGAGAACCACUGUUAAAUGAAUUGGUUUUAAAAUGAAAAUUUUUUGUUUAAGUAAUUUGCAUUUUCCUGAUAUACAAACCCAAGUUCUUUACAAAUGGGAUUAACUUUCAGUGCAAGCAGGAGCUGGCUGUUUAAUAUAAAACAAGGUGAUUAUUGGUACUUGGCUACUAACUGUACAGGAGGAAGCCCCGCCAUCCAGUUGGCAAGCAUUCGCUUUACCUUUUGGCCCAGGUAGCAGAAUGAGGGGUGGCAAGAGGUGGGCCAUUUAUAUAAAGACCUCAGGUUUGUAUGUCAGGAAAAGUAAAAAUUACAUUAAAAAUUUGUCAUUUGUUUCUACAUAUACCUUCGAUCUUUACACAAGGGAGACUUAAUUCCUGGUGGGAGGAUUCUGAGCAAAUCUCUGAACUGACUGAUUGGUAGUUCACCUCACCUGGGGCCUGGAAGUAAGAGCAGUGGAAGGAGACCCAUGCCUCUUAUCUGUUGAAAGUGUGAUGUUCAACUUCCAGACUUCUGGGCCUUUUGAAUUGAUGGGUUUAACAUCAUUGAUUCAUCAUUGAACCCAUAUUGUCGAAUGCUGAAGAUAACCAAUAGGUUUUUUCACUGUCAGUUCAUCUCUACACUUGCAGGGAGGGGGUUAUGACUUGAAUAUAUUAAUCCAAAUUGAGGCUAGAUUACAGACAGGUUGCUCGGUCAUCUAGAACAUGCAUGCACACUCCCAUCCAGCAUGUGAUGGCUUGCUAGCCAUUACUGCCCAGUGGAAGAGGAAGGGUUCAAAGAGAAAGAUAGGAAGCCAGUCCCACACACCCUCUCUUUUGCAGCUGUACUCAUUAGGCCAGAUGCCACCAGUCCCUCAAGGGCACUGGGUGAACUACUUGACUGCUGAGCAGCCACCACAGAAUCUAUAGGCAACAUCCUGAAGGUAAGAAGGAGGUGUUUUGUCUGUCAUGACCACAUUUCUGUCCAUAGUAGCUGUCCGACAGGUUCUUCCUGAAUGUGAGUGACAGACCAAUGCCCCUGAUCUUGUGAAUUCUUGCCCCAUAGUGUACUGUUGUCCACCACAUCAGCUUUGGAGUAUGCCUAUUUUAUCAUUGCAUGAAUCAAAAUAAAUGGUGCCCUUGGACAGCACUUCUUGGUUAAGCCAGAACUGAAACGAGUCAUCGCCACCUUAGGUGGUAAUGCAAAAGGUCUCCGGUCACUUGGUAGACACCAGGGUCCUUAGAUCCAAAUUCCCUUUUAUGUCUUAUGAGGAUAUUUGUUUCAUAAUUUGCACUAAUCGUAUUUCGAACAGCCUUCUGGAAAGGAUUAAGUUCGAAGUCUGAAGUACUACUAUGCUUAAAAAAUUAAACGAACACUGCUGCAGGGUUUCUCAAGGAUUUCGCAAAUGUUGAGUGUCUGAAAAAAAAUGCCAGUUAGUUACAUUCCAAUGAAAUGUUCAUGUAUCUGUGAAUUCAUGCAACUCAAAUCGCACAAGAUCGAGGUAUUGUACAUCAGGAAACUUGCCCUGAACAAACAUGCCCUAGUUGAUGCCAAGGUGAAAAUAAAGUGAAAACUUUAAGAGGCAGAAGUUCAAUUCACAACAGAGAUAAGCAUAGAGCUUUCUGCUCUGAGGAGUAUGAAGUCGCUCUGUGAAUGAAGUGGAGGAACUUCUGGAAGGAUUGACGGAUGAGUAUUUGGAAAUACUUGUCCUUCAAACCCAACAAAGGAAUCAAGUCGGCUCCUUGAUGGUUGCAAUUACAGAGUGUAUUGUUUCUAUCUUAAACCAAAUCUGUUGAACAGGUCAGGGAAGAAAGAUGUAUGACUGGUUUCCAAUUACACGUUACUUACUCUAUGAGAGAGGGACAGCUGUAGAAAUCGGGAAUGUAAAAUUUCCUUAAUGUAUUCAUUCAGCAUUGCUUUAAGAUCCUUCAAUGAGCUAGAACAAAUUUGUGGACAUAAAUCGGAUGGAAGAUGAAGAGUGGUAGGAAGUCGAUAUCCUACUGAAGGACAUUACCACCGAAGUUACAGCUACCUUAAAUUGAUGCUUAAGGCUAUGGGUAUCCUCCUCUGGAGGUCACAUGUGGGGAGGUAAGCGAUCUAGGCAUCUUAUUCUUUCUACUUACCCCUACUUUCUCUUCAGGGAAGGGAGGGGUUUGAAUGGGAAACCUUCAAUUGCUUCUGUGGUCCCAAAAAGGACUGAAGAACUUCAUUAAUGAUAUCUCUUGAAUUUAUUCCAAAACUUGGUCGUGCAAUGGUCAGUGGCUAAGACCAAUCUCAGAACAUAUUGUUCUGAGGGUGACUUGAAAGAAAAGAUUGGUCCUGGCUUUGAUGUUUGUACCUUGCACACUCUUGGUUCCCUGUGCAUCCCUUCCCUAAAUGUUCGACAGACAAACUUCCGACUCCAGUCGUCAUUACAACUGAGUCAUCGAGAGAGAUUGAGGGAACCAGAGAGAGAAGCGUAGAAUACUUCAAGCUGAUCUGGAUACCAAAGACUAAAUGGUAGAUAAAAGCCACAGAAGAUCUGUGGUAAGAGGAAAGAACACCAGUACAGGUCCCAGAGAACUGUCGUAUAUACUACACGACUGUGAAUAUAACUGCAACGAGGGAAGUGGUCCUGGCCGCAUUCACGCGGCAACGGGUCAUCACUCGUACAAAAGGAAUGGUCUCAAUCCCAAGAGGGUGACCGAAUUUGCCUUUCAGAUGCAACGUUAUCUCCUUAGUUGCCACUGGUCCAUCUUCUUUGCAGCUGUGGCCUAAAUCUUCAUCCUAUGAAGAGCACCUGCUGAAGAAGACACUGUGACUGCACACUUUUGAGGGAAGCCGUCCAAUCAUAGAAGUUGAAUUCACAAAACACCCAAAGAUACAGCCAUGGGGACUGUCAGAGGCAUGAUCGUCCAUAAGGUUUACAGAAACUAACUGCAGUUGGAAACAUAAGGGGAUCUGAAGAAACCUGUUCUGUCUAAACUGGAACUAUCCUGAUUCUGGGAGAGAAUACUGUGCCAAAGUUGAAUGGGAAUAACUAAACAAAUAUUCCUAUCAUACCUAUAGGAUGUCUUAAGUCUUCGUGGAUGCACACAGUCUUGAAAUGUUGCCACUCUUGCAACAAUAGCUAUAAGGGUUUGGGAGAGUGAUCCUGUUCAUUCGGAUGUGGUUGUUACCGAAAAUGGGCGUUAGCCGCUCCAGGAGAUUGCUGCAAAAUCACUGACAGGAGCCAGGUUGAGGGGUGUUGCAUAGAUAUGCCCCUGAUUCCACAUGAAGAUGGGUAGGUGCUUGCACCCAAGAUGUCCACUGGGGUCUGGGAGAAUGAUCUUGUUCAUUUGGAAGCAUUUGUUACCAAAAAUGGACAUUGGCCACUCCAGGGGAUUGCUGCAAAAUCACUGAUAUGAGGCUGGGGAUAGGUUUGCAUAGAUGUGUCUCUUAAUUCCACAUGAAGAUAGGUAGGUGCUAUACCCAAGAUGUCCAUCAAAGUGCCAAUGAUGCCCCUUGCCCAACUGUGGAGGUAUAAAUAUUCUCAGAAGAGCAAUCGCUUGCCAGAGAACUCUCCAUAAAACAGAAUGGAGGUCCUGCCCUACAGCCCCAUAGAGAUGUUGAUGACCUUCACAACAAUGUGAAAGAGGGAAAGGCUGUUACAGAUGUCCAACGGAAGUGUCAGCUAACCAUCAACACAAACAUGGUGGAGGAAAAUGUUCUCUGAGGAGCAAUCCAUCCACAACAAAACUUUCACAUGAAGAUCAGGAAAAAAACUCAAAUGAGCCAUCCCAUUCUCCUCCAAACCUCCACGUGAGCAUGGGUGGGGGCCUGCCCCUAGAUAUGCCAUGAUAUGGGAAUGUUCUUAGCAGGAAUGUGUAGGGAUGAAGAUGCAUCUGCACACUUUACUUAAACUAGUUAAGAAGAAAGAACUCCAAGAGAGUGUUGUAUCUUGGUCGUGCAACAUUUGUAGAAGGGACACAGCUGCACUUAUUUUCCUUGAAGAGCAAAUCUUUGGCUAAGAGCUCAGCAAAACUACACCAACGUCAAAAAGUCACGGCCGUGCAACAUGGCAAAAGUAAAGAUACUUCUGCCUACCCAGGGCCUCUCUUCCCUCCUCAGUGGUAUGUCAUGAGGCAAAGAUACGGGCAUUCAACAUUACACUGCUGCAAAUAAUUCCUUCCUUGGAGAGCAUAUCUUCGGCUUAGAUCUCCAGAAAACUGGUGGCCUCUCAGAAAACGGCAACAGAAACUGUCAGAAAACAGUUGCAGCCUCAAUGAAUAAGGAAACCAGGAACUCAUUCUGGCACCAAAGAAAUGCUCGGCUAUGCCCAGAAGGACAACGGAAGGAAGGGUAGACAAUGAUCUGGGCGGGAGCUGCACCGACAGUAGAUGCACAUUCAGGGAGGAAAGACACGGUUGUGGCCUACAGCAAAAGCUGAUUGAGAAGGAUCGAUUUUUGUAAAUCCAAUCAAUGAAUGGAAGGGGAGAAGUAGCUCUUGAAGUUACAACGCACUGCAACGAAACACACAUACCUGAACCGAAAUUGACCGGCUGAACACCGCUCAUUGGUUGUCGCUCCAAUGGCAAAUCAUCUUCCUUACAGUCACUGCGUAUUCUUCCACCCAACAUCUCAAACGCUUGACAUACAAACUUCAGACUCCAGUCGACAUUACAACUGAGUCAUCAAGAGAGAGAGAGAGGCAUAGAAUACUUCAAGCUGAUCCGGAGACCAAAGACUUGAUGGUAGAUAAAAGCCACAGACGAUCUGUGGUAAGAGGAGACAACACCAGUACAGGUCCCAGAGAACAGUCAUAUACACUACAUGACUGAAUAUAGCUGCUAUGAGGGGAAGUGGCCCUGGCCAUGUGACCAGCCGUAGUCAUAUGGCCAUGGGUUAUCACUCAUACAAAAGGAAUGGUCUCAAUCCCAUGAGGAUGACCGAAGUUGCCUCUCAGAUGCGACGUUGUCUCCCUAGGGCCACUGGUCCAUCUUCUUUGCAGCCAUGGCUUAAAUCUUCAUCCUAUGAAGGUGGCUUAAAUUUUCAUCAUAUGAAGAGGACCUACUGAAGAAGACAAUGUGACACUUUUGAGGAAAGCAGUCCAAUCGUAGAAGUUUAAUGUCACAAAACACCCGAAGACACAGCUAUGGGGCCUGUCAGAGGCAUGAGUGUCCAUAUGGUUUACAGAAACAAACUGCAGUCAGAAACGUAAGGGGAUCUGAAGAAACCUGUUCUAUCAAAACUGGAACUAUCCUGAUUCGGGGAGAGAAUACAGUGCCAAAGUUGAAUGGGAACAACUAAACAAAUAUUCUUAUCUUAUCUGUAGGAUGUCUUAGUCUUUGUGGAUACACAGUCUUGAAAUGUCGCCACACUUGUAACAAUAGCCAUAAGGAUAUGGGAGAACAAUCCUGUUCAUUCGGAAGUGGUUGUCGCCAAAAAUGGACGUUGUCUGCUCCAGGAUAUAACUUGAAAAUCACUGACAUGAGCCGUGUUGAAGGGUGUUGCAUAGAUGUGCCUCUGAUUCCACAUGAAGAUGGGUGGGUGAUGCACCCAAGAUGUCCACAGGGGUGUGGGAGUUCAUUUGGAUGUAGUUGACCAAAAAUGGACAUUGGCCACUCCAGGAGAUUGCUGCAAAAUCACUGACAUGAGGCUGGGGAUGGGUUUCCAUAGAUGUGCCCCUUAAUUCCACAUGAAGAUAGGUAGGUGCUGUGCCCAAAUGUCCACCAAAGUGCCAGUGAUGCCCCUUGCCCAACUGUGAAGGUAUAAACAUUCUCAGAAGAGCAAUCGCUUGCUAGAGAACUCUCCACAAAACAUAGAAUGGAGGCCUUGUCCUGCAGUGCCAUGAAGAUGUUGAUGACCUUCACAACAACAUGAAUGAGGGAGAGGCUGUUACAUACGCCCCAUAGAAGUGCCAGCUAAGCAUCCACACAAACGUGGUGAGAGGGAAAUGUUCUCUGAAGAGCUAUCCAUCCACUUCAAGACUUUCACAUGAACAUGGGGGAAAAAUUCAAAUUAGCCAUCCCAUUCUCCUCCCAACCUCCAAGUAAGCGUGGGUUGGGGCCUGCCCCUAGACAUGCUGUGAUAUGGCAACAUUCCUAGUGGGAAUGUGUAGGGAAGAUGCAUCCACAUACUAGACACUCACUAGGCUAAGAUGAAGAGGGUCCAAGUCUAUGUAGCAACGUUCUUAGCGGGAAUUUGUAGGGAUGAAGAUGCAUCCACGUAACUGACAUUCACUAGGCUAAGAAGAAGAGUCUCUAAGUCUAUGUCCAUAGAUAGGGAAGAGCAUAAGGAGGAGAUGAAAUCAGUGAAAACAAUCAGAGAAUGUUGUAUCUUUGUUAUGCUACAUUUGUAAAAGGGACACAGCUGCACUUAUUUUCCUUGAAGAGCUAAUCUUUGGCUAAAGAGCUCAGCAAAACUACAGCAACAUCAAAAAGUCACAGCUGUGCAACCUGGCAAAAGCAAAGCUACUUCUGCCUACCAAGGGCCUCUCUCUUCCCUCCUCAGUGGUACAUCAUGAGGCAAAGAUACAGGCAUUCAACAUUGCACGGCCGCGUAUACUUCCUUCCUUGUAGAGCGUAUCUUCGGCUUAAGACGUCCAGAAAAAUGUUGCAGCCUCGCUGAAAAUGGUAACAGAACUGUCAGAAAACUGUGGCAGCCUCAAUGAAAAUGGCAACUAGGAACUCUCAUUCUGGCACUGAAGAAAUGCUCGGCCAGGCCCAGAAGGACAACAAAAGGAAGGGAAUACGACGAUCGGGGCGGGAGCUGCACUGACAGCAGACUCAAGAUCAGGGAGGAAAGCACAGGAAAGACAGUCAUGACCUACAGCAAAAGAUGAAGGAGAAGGAUCGACUUGUGCAAAUCCAAUUGUCUAAUGGAAGGUGGAAGUAGCUCUUGAAGCUACAACACUGCAACAAAACACAUACCUGAACCAAAAUAUAGUGGCUGAACAUGGCUCGUUGGCUGUCGCUCCGAUGGCAAGUCAUCUUCCUUACAGUUACUGCGUAUUCUUCCUACCAAUGUCUCAUGAAAGAAAAGAAAGAAGAUAGAGAUUGUAAUCCAGCACACAAUGACGAAGAAUGUAAUGGCAGCAAUGAAAACUUCAUCAAGGAAGCUUUCUGGGGGACCUCUUAUCCUCCAGAACAGGAGCAAGAUGAGGAGGUAGUCUAGGAAUGCGCAACUCUCCCCCACCCUCCUUUAGACAUAGUAAGGAGCAUAGACAAGAACAGCUACUGGUCUUGAAGACGACUUGCCAAAAUCGGUAAACUCAGACUGUCUAAGGUCUUGCAACAUCAACCUCCAAUUCUUCGUCAUGUAAAGGGAGAGGGGAUUCCAUGCUCAAAGGCAAGCAGAGCUUUCGUGUGUUGGGUCAUGAAACCCCUACACUGAGCAAAAGACCCCUCCUCCUCUGUCUGAAGCUCUACAACAUCUGAAAUAAUAAAACCUAACAUUCCAAGUACUUAAUUGUUUAGUUUAAAAAAACUGCUUGUUUCAGAGAUAAAACACUUCAGAACAAACAGAAAACAGAUGUAGAACAAGGAUGUUUGAUAAAACGUGGUUGAGAAGGCAUCUAAACCUAGAAUCUUUGGUGGUGAGAGGCAGACCUGCUCUCCUUGGAUGCAGAAUAAAAAAAAAAACAAUGGAAAAUAA